AUGGCCGACCGCAAAUCCGCUUACGGUACCGCUGCUGCCUCCGAUACCGACUUCCGCCGCACUUGGGACCGCGCCGAGUACGAAGCAAAAGCCAAAAAGCAAGAAGAAGAACGUCGCGAAGAGGCAAAAGCCCGUUAUGAGGCCAAACUCGAAGGCAAAAAAUGGCACAAACCCGUCGAUUUCUCCUCCUUGGACUCCACCACCGCGCGCGGCUCAAGGUUAGAUGUGGCGAGUAUGGUCGGGAAGAGCACAAUUGUUCCCGCCGGUGCGGGAAUCGGUAAAAGGGGGAAAGGCGCAGGGUUUUACUGCGAGGCCUGUGAUUUGACAUACAAGGACAACGUGCAGUACAUCGAGCAUCUGAAUUCGAAACAACACUUGAUCAAUACGGGGCAGUCGGGCCAGGUGAAAAGAGCGACGUUGCAGGACGUUAGGGACAGGUUAGAAAUGCUCAAGGCAAGGAAGAGACAGCAGGAGGAGGAGGCGAAGAUGCUGGGCGAGGUCGAUAUUCAGGCGAGGAUUAAAAAGGCUGAAGAGAUCGACGCGGCAGAACGGGAGGAGAAGAGACGGAAGAGGAAUGAGAAGAGGAGGGCGGCCAAGGAAGAGAGGGGCAUUAAAAAGGAGGAUGAGUGGGAGGGACGACUAGGGAUCAUUUCUUGA